CUGGCAUCGUCAUUACAAUCAGAGAAAGACCGAGAAAAAUACAUCAAAGUUAUCGAAAUGUCGAAAGUUAUACAAUCAAAAUUAGAAGCCCUUCAAGAUACUCAAUUACUCACAUGUGAAUUAGAUAGUCCAUCUCGGUAUCAUACUUAUAAUGGUCAUUCAUAUCGUGUUAUAGAUCGAGUAACUUCAUUGCAAUUUCAAACAAAUUCCUCUUAUAUUCGAAGACCAAGUGCAGAUACAAUUCUUGUAGAUGUCUGCUCCAAAGAAUACGAAAAGAAUGUCGUCGACGAUGAUGAUGAGGAAAUUGUGAGCGUAUCCGAUAUACACGUUGCCGUUAGAAGAGAUGCUUCCCUAUUCAAAAUUGAAAAGGUACCUAGUAAGGAAGAGUCCCCUGAUAAUCUGGGUGUUACUGCUGGUUUACUAACACCACCUCAUUCGCCCCAAUUCGAUAUUAAUACAGCAGAAAUUAGUUCUGAACCCUUAAUUUUAUUACCUCAUAUUAUCCAUGUACAAAAGAAAACCCAUCAAAGCUUGAAAGGCUUAUUGAAACGAUCUUAUCAGCUAAAUCAAUAUACUAUUAUAAAGGCCAAUGCAAUCACUUUACAAAAUGUUUCUGGUUUAUUGUACAAGACAUCCAACUCAUUUAACGGAAACGCCGUACUGCUGCUGAAGAUCGUUAUUGUCUCACUUGACUCACAAUGUUCUGAGAACCAAAGAAGGUACGGCUUUACCUUUUGGUGGCAAAACAAUCACACCUUUCUUCAGCAGAAUGAUGACGAUGCUAAAUUUGCCCUUGCUCCAGAUUCUUUGGUCAGGGAGGCCCUCAUAACCUGGAUAGAAUCCCAGAACGAGCAAUUUAAAGGGUCAUUGCUGCCCUCUUUAUCCGAAUCAGAUGAAAUUCUAAGAGAUGGAAGGAAAAUAUACAUCGUUUACAAUGCUUCUUUA